UUGAGAAAUUAAAUCCAUGGAAAGUUGAUGAGAAAAAUGUAACCAAUUUAGAAUAGCAGAAGAAGACAUUUUAGGAUAAUGGGUGAUUGAUUCCCAGAAUAAUUGUGUACAUUUACCAUAGGAAUUCUGAAGGAAGUCACUUCAGGCUUGGGUCCUUCUCAGUUAGGAGAGGCGUUUAGGAUAGAUGAGAUUUGGAAUAGGGGGUCUGGAGUAUGUAAAGACAAUUAAAACCAAGUAUCAAUUUGAUUAAAGCAGGGUUGGUCAACCUUGGUGCCCUUGACAUUUUGAACUGGAUCAUUCCUUGUUGGAGAUGCUUAUCCAGGGCAUCGUGGGAUGUUUAGAAGCAUCCCUGGCUUCUUCCCACUAGAUGCCAGUAGCACUCCUGUCCCCCACUGUGGUAAUCAGAAAUGUCCCCAGAGAUUGCCACGUGUUCCCUGGGGGAUGAAAUCCUCUUCCUCCCCACACAUGAGAACCAAUGGAUUCAAGGGUCCCUAGAGGGACUUCCCUGGUAGUCCUGUCUUAAACACGGGUCAAGACUCCAUGCUCCCAAUGCAGGGGGCCUGGGUUCGAUCCCUGGUGAGGGAACUAGAUCCCGCGUGCCGCAACUAAGAUCCCGUGUGCCACAGCUAAGACCCGGCACAGACAAAUAUUUUUUAAAAAAGAAUAGGUCCCUGGAAGAAAGCAGUGGAAGGACAGGAGACCCUUGACCACCAGGCUAAGAUACUAGGCAGCAAGGAGCCUUUUAGAACUGAGCAAAGAUACGAUCUAAAUGGCCUGUGAAGAAGGUUGACUUGACAGCAAAGGAAAAGGAUAGGUUGGAGGGGACAGAGAAUAAACACAAAGCAAGCGAAAUGUUUUUGGAUUCAUCGAAGUGUGAGAUGAUGAUGACUCGCGGUAGAAUCAUGGAAGUGGUAGCAGAAACCUAGGUCGUAGAGAUGUCGACAGAACCGUCAGAAGGACCUGAAUUUCCUGGGAUCUGGGGACAGAGUGAUGGUAUAUGUGAAGAUGUUGAGGGAGGUCAGAUGGCUAAAAUUUUUGGUAUAGGGAGAUGAGUUUAGUUUUAGAUAUACUGAUUAUAGAAUAGCAGCGAAAGUUCCAAGGGGAGAUGUCUGGCAGCGGCAGAAAAGGCUCGACGGAGAUUCAGGGCAGCGGGGGGACUACAAGAUGCAGUGGUGAUCUGCCUGGAGCUGACGCUUCAGGGAGGAGAAUCGUGAAGGAAGAGGACAGACCGAGCCACAGCAGCCGUCCCAGGAGAAGUUCUACAGCAUGGCUGCCCAGAUCAAGCUACUGCUGGAAAUUCCUGAGAAGAUCUGGAGCUCCACGGAGGCCUCUGAGUAUCUCCACGCCACACAGCUCUACCUGCUCUGCUGCCACCUUCACAAGCUGCUCCAGCUGGAUCCUUCUAGUUCCCGAUACAGCCCUGUCCUCUCCCGAUUCCCUAUACUCAGCCAGCAGCUGGCGGCGGCCAGCCACUUCCGGUCAGCCAUCCUGCAUGAGAGCAAGAUGCUGCUUACAUGCCAAGCCGUGGCCGACCAAGCCGUGGCCGAGGCCCUGUGCUCUGUGAUGCUCUUAGAAGAGAGUUCUCCGCGCCAAGCCCUAGCGGACUUCCUGUUGGCCAGAAAGGCAGCUAUUCAGAAACUGCUCAACCAGCAGCACCACGGUGCUGGUGUCAAGUCUCAGAUUUGCUCAUUAGUGGAGUUGCUGGCCACCACUCUGAACCAAGCUCAUGCUCUUUUCUACACUUUACCGGAAGGUCUGCUGCCAGAUCCCUCCCUGCCAUGUGGCAUGCUCCUCUCUACUCUGGACAACAUCACAGGCCAGCAUCCUACUGGAAAGGGCAUUGGUGUCCUGCAGGAGGGCAUGAAGCUGUGCAGCUGGUUCAAACACCUGCCCACGUCCGUCGUCGAGUUCCAGCCAGCUCUCCGCACGCUUGCGCGUCCCAUCAGCCAGGAGUACCUGAAAGACACACUGCAGAAGUGGAUCCACAUGUGUAAUGAAGACAUUAAAAAUGGGAUCAGCAACCUGCUUAUGUACGUGACGAGCAUGAAAGGUCUGGCGGCGAUCCGGGACGCCACGUGGGAGUUACUUGCCAAUGAGUCGAUCCAUCACAGCUGGGAUGUGAUAUGUCGGCGGCUUCUGGACAGGCCUCUCCUGUUCUGGGAGGACUUGAUGCAGCAGCUGUUCCUGGACCGACUGCAGACUCUGACAAAAGAAGGCUUUGACUCCAUCUCCAGUAGUUCCAAAGAGCUCCUCAUUUCAGCCUUGCGGGAACUUGAAAGUAGCGCCGGCAGCUCCACUUCAAAUAAGCACAUCCACUUCGAGCAUAACAUGUCUCUCUUCCUCUGGUCCGAGAGUCCCAGCGACCUGCCUCCCGACGCUGCCUGGGUCAGCGUGUCAAACCGGGCUCAAUUUCCGGGCAGUGGGCUCUCCAUGAAAGCACAAGCCGUUAGCCCUUGUGUACAGAGCUUCUGUUCUGCCCUAGAUUCGAAACUGAAGGUGAAACUGGAGGACCUCCUGGCUUACCUUCCCUCUGGUGACCCGUCACCCCCGAAGGACGUCUCCCCCACUCAAGCCAGGAACUGUGCCUUUGACAGAUACGCAGACGCGGGGACCGUGCAGGAGAUGCUGCGGAUGCACUCCACGGCCUGUGUCAGGCACAUCACGGACUGCGUCCAGGCGGAGCUGCAGCGCAUCCAGCAGGCUAUACAAGUGCAGCAGGACGCUCUCGACGGGGUCAAGCUACACUCGGUCCUUUUCAUGGCCAGACUCUGCCAGUCACUGGGAGAACUGUGUCCCCACCUGAAGCAGUGCAUCUUGGGAAAGUCAGGGAGCACCGAGAAACCAGCAAGGGAUUCGAGAGCUCUGAAAAAACAGGGGAAGGGGAAAACUCAGGAAAUAGUUCCCAUGCAGGCCAAGUGGCAGGAAGUGAAGGAGCUCCUCCUACAGCAAAGCGUGAUGGGCUACAGGGUCUGGAGCUCGGCGGUUGUGAAAGUUUUGGCUCAUGGAUUCACCCAGUCAUUACUUUUAGAUGAUGCUGGCUCAGUCCUGGCCACGGCCACCAGUUGGGAUGAACUAGAAAUCCAGGAGGAAGCGGAGUCUGGCAGCAGCGUCACGUCCAAGAUCCGACUGCCCGUCCAGCCGUCCUGGUAUGUACAGUCCUUCCUGUUGAGCUUAUGCCAGGAAAUUAAUCGGGUUGGAGGCCAUGCCUUGCCCAAGGUGACACUGCAGGAGAUGCUGAAAAGCUGUCUGGUUCAAGUAGUAGCUGCCUAUGAGAAACUCUCAGAAGAAAAACAGGUGAAGAAAGAAGGUGCAUUUCCAAUGACCCAGAAUCGGGCACUGCAGCUGCUUUACGAUCUGCGUUAUCUCAACAUCGUUCUGACGACCAAGGGUGAAGAGUUGAAGAGUGGCCGCAGCAAACAGGACCCCAGAGUUGAGAAAGUGGCUGACUACCUUGAAGCGCUCAUUGACCCGUUUGACCUGGACGUUUUCACACCGCACCUCCACGGCAACCUCAACCGCCUGGUGCAGCGGACUUCUGUUCUCUUUGGAUUGGUGACGGCUACAGAGAAUCACUUCACCCCCAGAAGCAGUACGUUCAGCUCCCAGGAAGCCCAUAACGUACUGCCACUAGCAUCAAGUCAGAUCAGGUUUGGACUUCUUCCACUGAGCAUGACAAGCCCUCGAAAGGCCAAAUCAGCCGGCAGAAGCAUUGAAACCAGAGCCCAGCGGCAGGCUGCUGUCCUCCCGGCACUCUCCCGAGCAGAUGACCCGACGCACGCCGGCUCCUUGUUCAGACAGCUUGUCGCCGAGGAGGAAGACUCGUCUGCGCCCUCACUGUUCAAACUAGGGUGGCUCUCUAGUAUGACCAAGUGACACAGGACAAUCCGUCUCUCUAAAUAAAUACUCCUGCAUUAUUUCUUUUA